UGGGUAGCAACUUCAGCUAGCGUGGAUACAAAGUGAGAUUGCCUAUCAAUCUACUGCAGAUGGCCUGAUCUAGAAGAGAAAGGUGAUAAUUACCGUCCCUGAAUCCAGGCCCCAGGCAAAUUGGAAGAUGAUAACUGAUGCCUUAGCCCCUAGCUCAGAGCUUGAUCAGAAGCUAGAAAGAGGGACCUCAGCCUAGGGAGAGGUUGGGGGUGGGAAGGGGAGAAGGAGAGGGGCUCAUUCUCCGUAGUUAAUCCGGGGCCCCAGGGAUGGGGCUCCUGAGAGACGGGAGGAACCAAUUCCCUAAAAGGGGCAGAUAGAGGACAGUUUCCCAGCGGCCCUUCCACCCCCAAGGCUGGAGCCUGCAAGCCUGGGCAGCCAGUCAGAUGCCUGUGGGCCCAGGAACCUCUCGCAGAGGCCAGGGAGAGGCAGCCUCCAGCUGCAGACUUAAGCCGGAAAAUUUAGCAGAGACAGAGCAGGUGCUACAAGGAACUCCGGGGCCCGCGGCGGCGGAAGAAUCAGGAGCCGGCCUUCAAGGGCACAGCUGGAGAGCGAUUCGGCCGGAGGUCUGAGGCCGGAUUGGCCGAGACGGGCCCGAUCCCGCCCCUCCCCUGAGCCCUUUCAAGGCCCGGCUCCGGCUCUCGCGUUUCAGUCCUUGGCUGUGGGCAGUGCAGGAGGCCGGGCGCAGGAGACUUCAGCUCCAAGACACUCAUCCACGAGGAAGGAUGGCCAGCACCUUCUCAAAAUUACUAACUGGCCGCAAUGCUUCUUUGUUAUUUGCCACCUUGGGCACCGGUGCCCUGACCACCGGGUACUUGAUGAAUCAGCGGAGCGUGUGUGCUGAGGCCCGGGAGCAGCACAGGCUGUUCCCGCCAAGCGCAGACUACCCUGAUCUACGCAAGCACAACAACUGCAUGGCCGAGUGCCUCACGCCGGCCAUCUACGCCAAGCUCCGCAACAAGGUGACACCCAACGGCUACACCCUGGACCAGUGUAUCCAGACUGGUGUGGACAACCCCGGCCACCCCUUUAUAAAGACCGUGGGCAUGGUGGCUGGUGAUGAGGAGUCCUAUGAGGUGUUUGCUGACCUCUUUGACCCAGUCAUCAAGCUGAGGCACAAUGGCUACGACCCUCGGGUGAUGAAGCACCCCACUGAUCUGGACGCAUCCAAGAUCACCCAGGGGCAGUUCGACGAGCGCUACGUGCUGUCGUCUCGGGUGCGCACGGGCCGCAGCAUCCGCGGGCUGAGCCUGCCGCCCGCCUGUACCCGGGCCGAGCGGAGGGAGGUGGAGAACGUGGCCAUCACGGCCCUGGAAGGCCUCAAGGGGGACCUGGCCGGCCGUUACUACAAGCUGUCCGAGAUGACGGAGCAGGACCAGCAGCGGCUCAUCGACGACCACUUUCUGUUUGAUAAGCCAGUAUCCCCUUUACUAACUUGUGCUGGGAUGGCCCGUGACUGGCCAGAUGCCAGGGGAAUCUGGCACAAUUAUGACAAGACAUUUCUCAUCUGGAUUAAUGAGGAAGACCACACCAGGGUAAUCUCUAUGGAGAAAGGAGGCAAUAUGAAAAGAGUAUUUGAGCGAUUCUGUCGAGGACUCAAGGAGGUAGAACGUCUAAUCCAAGAACGAGGCUGGGAGUUCAUGUGGAAUGAGCGCCUCGGGUACAUUCUGACCUGUCCCUCGAACCUCGGCACGGGAUUACGAGCUGGGGUCCAUGUCAGGAUCCCAAAACUCAGCAAGGAUCCGCGAUUUUCUAAGAUCCUGGAGAACCUAAGACUCCAGAAGCGUGGUACAGGUGGUGUGGACACUGCAGCAGUGGCAGACGUGUAUGAUAUUUCCAACAUAGACCGAAUUGGUCGAUCAGAGGUUGAGCUUGUUCAGAUAGUCAUCGAUGGAGUCAAUUACCUGGUGGAUUGUGAAAAGAAGCUGGAGAGAGGUCAAGAUAUUAAGGUGCCGCCACCUCUGCCCCAGUUUAGCAGGAAGUGAACUUUCCCUCCCCCAGUUUGAAAUAAUCUGUCUGCUGGAUGACAGACAUAAAGCAAUUUCUACUCUGAGAGUUUUUAUAGACUUGGAAAAAUGUAAAAUUGUAGGUCCUGUCUAUCUUUACAAUAAAACUCUCCUUAAUAUCU